UAUUGUUUCCUUCAUUCUGUUUGCUUUUGCUUUGUUUUGUUCUUUUUCUGUACUCUUUGGGGUGAAUGUUUAGAUGGGUUUAACCUUUUGUUUGCUAAUAAAAAUAUUUUACUAGUAAAAAUUUUCCUUUGAGUAUAGCGUUAGUUGUGUCUCACAAAUUUUGCUGUGUUGUAUUUUCACACAGCAUAAUUAGAAGAAGACUUUUUUUUUACUAAGCCAAAAUGUGUCUGUUUUUGAUUACAGUGACAGGUAUAUAUGAACUGAGGCAAAUGAGAGGUAAAGUGGACUUGGCUCUGAGAGAUAGUUACAGUGUGUUAUUGAAUUGAGAUUAAGAGUCUCAUGCUCUACCGACUGAGUAGCCGGGCACACGCAAAGUGUGACUGAAUUGAAAGGUGUCAGGAAGAUAGAGAAAAAAUAAAGGACGUCAGUUUUAUUCUACAUGAGAUGAAGUAGUGGCAUCUAGGUGACUUUUUUAUUUCUGAGUUUUCUGUAUUUUCCAAUUAAAAUAACUAAAAAAAUAAAAAAUUAUAAAUCCUGUAUGGAUGAAAUCUAUAAACUAAUUUUGUAUGUACUUCAAGUUAGUAUUGCAUCACUGUUACGAGCUUUUGGAAGUGAAGAUUGCAGAAUGUACUAUUUUGCUUUCUAAAGUGUUAAAUAGAAGCUGAAGUGUGGGAAAAUCUUUUUAAUGAGUUUCAGGAAGAACAAUUUGGAAAUGCUCUUUUGGAAAUGCUCUUUUGGGCUUCCUGGUCCUACUUAGAUUUGAUGUAUAGUUUGAGCCUUUCUUUGAGCCAGCUUGAUACCUUUUUUUUAAGGGCCAUCUUUUUUUUGUGUAUUUCCUUUUUUUUUCUUUUUUCCUGACAGAAAUGACAUCAGAUGUACCAUCACUAGGUGCAGCCAUUGCCUCUGGAAACCCUGGGCCCGGGAUUCAAGGUGGAGCAGCCAUUGUCCAGAGGGCUAUUAAGCGGCGACCAGGGCUGGAUUUUGAUGAUGAUGGAGAAGGGAACAGCAAGUUUUUGAGGUGUGAUGACGAUCAGAUGUCUAAUGAUAAGGAGCGGUUUGCCAGGUCGGAUGAUGAGCAGAGCUCUGCGGAUAAAGAGAGACUUGCCAGGGAAAAUCAUAGUGAAAUUGAAAGGCGACGGCGGAACAAGAUGACAGCUUACAUCACAGAGUUGUCAGAUAUGGUACCAACCUGUAGUGCCUUGGCUCGGAAACCAGACAAACUAACCAUCUUACGCAUGGCUGUUUCUCAUAUGAAGUCCUUACGGGGAACUGGCAACACGUCCACGGAUGGCUCCUACAAGCCGUCCUUCCUCACUGAUCAGGAGCUGAAACAUUUGAUCCUGGAGGCAGCAGAUGGAUUUCUGUUCAUUGUCUCGUGUGAGACAGGGCGUGUGGUCUAUGUCUCGGACUCCGUUACGCCAGUUUUGAACCAGCCACAGUCUGAAUGGUUUGGCAGCACACUUUACGAUCAGGUGCACCCAGAUGAUGUGGAUAAACUUCGUGAACAGCUUUCCACAUCAGAAAAUGCCCUGACAGGGCGUAUCCUGGAUCUAAAGACUGGAACAGUGAAAAAGGAAGGUCAGCAGUCUUCCAUGAGGAUGUGUAUGGGUUCAAGAAGAUCCUUUAUUUGCCGUAUGAGGUGUGGCAAUAGCUCCGUGGACCCAGUCUCCAUGAAUAGACUGAGCUUUGUGAGGAACAGAUGCAGGAAUGGCCUUGGCUCUGUGAAGGAUGGGGAGCCGCACUUUGUGGUGGUCCACUGCACAGGCUAUAUCAAGGCCUGGCCCCCAGCAGGUGUUUCCCUCCCAGAUGAUGACCCAGAGGCUGGCCAGGGGAGCAAGUUUUGCCUAGUGGCCAUAGGCAGAUUGCAGGUGACUAGUUCUCCCAACUGUACAGAUAUGAGUAAUGUUUGCCAGCCGACAGAAUUCAUUUCACGACAUAACAUCGAGGGAUUAUUCACUUUCGUGGAUCACCGCUGUGUGGCUACUGUUGGCUAUCAGCCGCAGGAACUCCUAGGAAAGAAUAUUGUUGAAUUCUGUCACCCUGAAGACCAGCAGCUUCUAAGAGACAGUUUCCAACAGGUGGUGAAGUUAAAAGGCCAGGUGCUAUCUGUCAUGUUCCGGUUCCGGUCUAAGAACCGAGAGUGGCUCUGGACAAGAACCAGUUCCUUUACUUUCCAGAACCCUUACUCAGAUGAAAUUGAGUACAUCAUCUGUACCAACACCAAUGUGAAGAACUCAAGCCAGGAACCACGGCCUACACUAUCUAACCCAAUCCAGAGGCCCCAGCUAGGCCCUACAGCUGGUUUACCCGUGGAAGUUGGCUCAGGGCAGCUGGCCCCCAGGCAGCAGCAACAGCAAGCAGAACUGGACAUGGUCCCAGGCAGAGAUGGACUGACUAGCUACAAUCAUUCCCAGAUUUCUGUUCAGCCUGUUACAACCACAGGGCCAGAACACAGCAAGCCCCUUGAGAAGUCAGAUAGUCUGUUUGCCCAAGAUAGAGACCCUCGAUAUUCAGAAAUCUAUUCCAACAUCACCGCAGAUCAGAGUAAAGCCAUCUCUUCCAACACUGUCCCUGCCAGCCAACAGCUAUUCUCCCAGGGCAACACAUUCCCUCCUAACCCCCGGCCGGCAGAGAAUUUCAGGAAUAGUGGUCUCGCUCCUCCUGUAACCAUUGUCCAGCCAUCGGCCUCGGCGGGGCAGAUGUUGGCCCAGAUUUCCCGUCACUCCAACCCCACCCAGGGAACAGCCUCAAAUUGGACUCCUAGCACUCGCCCAGGCUUCUCUGCCCAGCAGGUGGCUUCCCAGGCUGCAACCAAGACUCGUUCUACCCAGUUUGGUGUGGGUAACUUUCAGUCUCCAUCCUCCUUCAACUCCAUGUCCCUAUCUAGUGCUUCCACUGCAUCAUCUGGUGCUGCUGCCUACCCCAGUCUGACCAGUCGUGGAUCCAACUUUGCUCCAGAGACUGGACAGCCUGCAGGCCAGUUCCCGACUCGGACAGCAGAGGGUGUAGGUGUCUGGCCCCAGUGGCAGGGCCAGCAGCCUCAUCAUCGGUCAAGUUCUGGCGAGCAGCAUGUUCAGCAGCCAUCAGCACAGCAAACUAGCCAGCCUGAGGUCUUCCAGGAGAUGCUUUCUAUGCUUGGAGACCAGAGCAACAGCUACAACAAUGAAGAAUUUCCUGACCUAACUAUGUUUCCUUCGUUUUCAGAAUAGAACUGUUGGGGUGAGGAUAAGGGGUGGGGGAGAAAAAAAUUACUUUGUUUUGAAAAAGCAAAUCUUUCUGUAAACAGAAUAAAAAGUCCUCUCCCUUCCCUUCCCUCACCCCUGACAUGUAGCCCCUUUUCCUUUGAGACUCUCCCCUGCCCUCCUGCCUCUGCAACCUAACAUUUUUUGAAGGAAUGGAAUGGGUUUCCAAGGAUGUUAGGGCCCUUUGAACAUUUGAGGCUAGAUGAGAAUAGAAUGCCUGUCUGUAUUUCUCCUGGCUAGACGUUGUACGCUUUCAAUCUGAGGUAGUGUCAAGGGGCUGGCCAGAAGAACCAGAGCUCCGCUAUUUUCCUUGGAUACUGUGGUUUGCUUUUGGAAAGAAAUUCUAAAUGGAAUGAAGGAAAGGAGAGAAAAAUAGUCCUCAUAUUUGAGGAUCACAAAACAUGGUAGGUAUGUAUGAGGCUUUAGGAAGUGAGCAUAGGCUCUUUAUGUUGCCUGUGAGCAAUUCCCUUGGGGAAAAAAAAAACAUGUGAGUGAGAGAGAGAGAGAGAGAGAGAGAGAGUGUGUGUGUGUGUUUUUCUGUGCUUGUUUCUCCCUAUUAGGGAGUUAUGCAAAAACUUAUCCGAAAUUUUAUCUUUAUCUUUCUGUGUGCUUUUCAAAGAGUCCUAAGAAGUUAAAUCUUCCAGGUAUUUUCCACUUAGUAUUGCAGCCAGAGUAUUUAAAUAAAUGUCCUUGCUGCACUGUGUCUAUGCCCAGCUGAUAUGCAACUUCAGGCAAAUACAUCAAGUCUUCUGUUGUUAUGGUUGGUCUCUUAUCAAACAUAUUCAGUGAUAAAGCUAGAUUACUCCCAUAUUUGGUGCUCUCAGCUUUUUUGGAAGAUCUACAAUCAUAAUCAAAGUAGGCUGGCAAGAUAAACACUUUCAGAACCCCCGGACUUGGCCAUAAGGAUAAUAAUGCUGCAUUUUUUUCAGAAUCACACCUUAUGUAUGUAUGUGUGUGUUAUAUAGAGGUUAUUUCUGCAUGGAAACUCAACUUCUUGGAUUUAGCAGAUCUAGUGAAAAUCUUCAUUGUUGGAGUAUAAGCCAAAUACAGAUUCUCUUGCAAUGUAGCCUCUUUGAUCAUCUUAACUUCAAGAUACCCAGGCUAUCAAGAAGCAUUUGGGUCUCUCCUGGGCUGGUAGUUCUUUUCUCUUUGUUCCUCCUCCAGUCUGGAGAUUGGAUUUUGCUUUAGAUUGCAAGUAUAAUUUCCUAUGAUGGAUGGGGCCUGGACUCCCAUCCCAACAGGGUUACUUGGUAAUGAACUAUAGCCAAAUAAACGCAGAUACAAGUUUCUGCUCUCACCUUUUACCUUCCUCAGGUUAGUUCUAUAUGUCAGCCAUUUUGUUUUAAUUGGCUCCGGCCAAUAUCUAAGUGCAAGGCUGAAUUAAUAAGCAGAAGGCAUAUUAAACCUAGUCAUCA